AUGCGUCCCGGAAAAGAACCGGGUGUAAAUAUUAGGCUUCUUAAAAAGCGCCGUCACGCCUAUUUCUUUGAGCUUCGUUUUCAAGUCGCUGACGAAGGCCACCUGAUAUGCUUCAUCUUCAUCGAUGCAAUGGCUUUUCUACAAACUUGGGCGCAGUCACAUUUUCGCUUCUUCGUGGAUUCCUUGGAUUCCUUGAAAAAAGGAGUAUACUUGGCAUGGUGA